AGGGAUCUUUCAGAAAGAAGCAAAGAUGAAUAUGGUAAAAAGGAUAAUGGGUCGACCUCGCCAAGAGGAAUGCAGCCCUCAAGAUAACGCUCUAGGAUUAAUGCAUCUACGCCGGCUGUUUACAGAAUUGUGUCACCCCCCUCGGCAUAUGACUCAAAAGGAACAGGAAGAGAAACUCUACAUGAUGCUACCAGUUUUUAACAGGGUAUUUGGAAACGCUCCUCCAAGUACGAUGAUAGAAAAGUUUUCUGAUCUCCUUCAGUUCACAACACAAGUGUCACGAUUAAUGGUAACUGAAAUUCGUCGGAGGGCUUCUAAUAAGUCCACAGAAAACCGUGGACUGCAUGACAACUAUGUCAGUGCCUUCCACACUCGUGAAAUGUCUCUAUCUGUUUUUUGACCUUCCACAUGUGCCUGAGGUGGCCAGCGGAGCCCAGAACGAAUUGCCUCUAGCGGAGCGAAGGGCGCUGUUGCAGAAAGUAUUUGUGCAGAUCUUAGUGAAGCUGUGCAGUUUUGUGUCCCCAGCAGAAGAGCUGGCCCAAAAGGAUGACCUCCAGCUUCUUUUCAGUGCAAUAACCUCGUGGUGCCCUCCCUACAACCUGCCUUGGCGGAAGAGCGCAGGGGAAGUCCUGAUGACUAUAUCACGUCAUGGCCUUAGUGUCAACGUAGUGAAAUACAUCCACG